AGGGGCUGCAGCUUUUUUCCGUUGUCCUUUUUAGAAUGAAGACCAUUCUCAGCAACCAGACCGUUGACAUCCCCGAGCAAGUCAGUGUUUCACUGAAGGGCCGGACAGUCAUUGUAAAGGGCCCCAGAGGAACCUUGCGGAGGGAUUUUAACCACAUCAAUGUGGAGCUGUCACUCCUGGGAAAGAAACACAAGAAGCUACGUGUUGACAAGUGGUGGGGUAACAGAAAGGAACUGGCAACAGUUCGCACAAUUUGCAGCCAUGUACAGAACAUGAUAAAGGGAGUUACACUGGGCUUUCGUUACAAGAUGAGGUCAGUGUACGCUCACUUCCCAAUCAACGUAGUUAUACAGGAUAAUGGCUCACUUGUGGAAAUCCGAAACUUCUUGGGAGAGAAGUACAUUCGCAGGGUGCGUAUGAGGCCAGGCGUUUCCUGUGCAGUAUCUCAAGCCCAGAAAGAUGAGCUGAUCCUUGAAGGGAAUGACAUUGAAUUGGUCUCCAACUCAGCUGCCUUGAUCCAGCAAGCCACUACGGUCAAGAACAAGGAUAUCAGGAAAUUCUUGGAUGGUAUCUAUGUCUCUGAGAAAGGAACAGUACAGCAGGCAGAUGAGUAAAACUCUAAUAGUUGUCUGGAUCCUGAAA